AUGUCGAGCGGCAAGAAAAGGAACCCACUGGGGUUGUCGCUACCGCCGACGGUUAAGGAAGAAGGCAGUGGUGCUAGUUUAUCCGACACUCCCGAGAAUAAACCCGAACUUGCCGCUCAUCUUCAAAGUUUAGUGCUGUCCGAGCCGCAAGUGGAGCGCAUGAACGAAUGGAAGGACCAGAAGAAACAGGUAGGCAUUUGAAGUGUUUUGUUCUUGGUUUUUAGGUGAAUGAACGUGGUCUGAAGUGAGAGAGAAGGUUGAUGACUAGUGUAAUAUAAAAAUGUGAAUAUUUUGGAGAUUUUCUUGGGUUUAGUAGAACAGAGAGCUGUUAUAAAGUUUAAGGAAGCUUUAGAUUGUCUUUUAAGGCGUUGAAUAGUUUUGCGGAAUAAAUUCUUCUUCCCCAUCUAGUGUAAUAUAAAAAUUGGUAAAAAAAUUAUGUUUUCCGUAAAGUGAAAAGUUGAAAUUCGUUGGUAACACAGUCUCACAGCCUCCUCUCACCUCACAAAGCAUGUCUUGGACCAGACCUCACAAGAUACGACAAUGCCGGCGGCUUCCUUCUUACCCAUGCUAAUCACCCAACGUUUUGUUGUUUUUAGGCCAGCCCGUUUGAUUUGAAGUUUCUGCGGGGUGUGAUUGAUGUGGCUUUCUAUUACUGGACGCCCAUCUGGAAACGGAUUAACUUUUUCAGCGACUCCGUAAGAGCGAAAACACAAAAACCUCUUGUCGGCGUUCUCUCUCCGGACUUUUGCUCAGUUCACUUUUAGUGUGAUUGUCGUAUCUUUUGAGUUGCAGCGUGCCUUGUGAGAGUGGCUAACCUUUUGAGGCUUACUGUUCUCCAAAUUUUGAGCCUUGGCGAAUGAUACAACGACUUUCAAAUUUUGGCUUCAUCUGAUCCUAAGAUAAUAUAAAAAGUUUUUGAUUUUGGCCUAAAAUGGGAUAAAUUUUUAUCCAGAUAUCUUCUUUAGACUGUCGUUGUAUCAUAAACUUCUUUUUUUAACCAGUUUUCCUGCUGAAACUCUCAAAUCUUAUCAAUCUUUCCAGAUUGGUGAGCUAAAAGAAGAACAACUCGAUCGGAUAUGCGAACUUGGCCAUGGGAACGGCGGAGUUGUCCACAAAAUGCGCCACAGAGAAAGUGGACUGAUCUUGGCCCGAAAAUUGGUCCAUUUGGAAGUGAAACCGUCGGUCCGAAAUCAGAUCCUCAAAGAGUUGGAAGUCCUCCACAAAUGCAAUUCCCCCUACAUUGUCGGUGAGUUUUUUUGUUUUGAAUUGUUUGUUGGAGUUUAGAAAGAAGUCAGAAAGAGUUUGGAGAUGUUUGGAGAAUUUUUCGAUCGGCUAUGAGCGAUUUGCUAUAUUAUCCAUGAUAUCAAUGACAAAAAUUUGGUUUUUUCGAGACUUUAUUAUGCCCAAUUUGAUCUCAAAAGAACUUACAUGGCAUUUUAUGACUUAUGAAGUAACUUCCGACCUGUUUCAGGGUUCUACGGUGCUUUCACGAACAACAAUGACAUAUCCAUUUGCAUGGAGUAUAUGGACGGACUGUCGCUGGACAUUGUCCUGCAAUACAAUCAACGGAUAUCCGAAAAGCGCGUGGGUCGCAUUGCCGUCGCUGUUAUCAAGGGUCUAACUUAUUUGAAGGAGGAAUUCAAUAUUCUUCAUAGAGGUGGGUACUACAAUAUAAAAAUUUGAUUUUCAUUGCGAGAACCAGUCUUGUUGACGGAAAUUGUUGGAUGACAGGAUUAUUACAGUGUUUACGAAAUUAUAAAAGCAGUUUCGAGAUAAAGAACGAAAAGAAUUGUGUUUUUUUUUUCAGUGUUUGCAAGUUUAGACCUUAUUUUAGAAAAUUUCUUUGAUUUUUGAGGAAUUUUUGUCUUCCUGAGGAUUGGAAUUUAUUUUAUUUAAUGUUUCAGACGUCAAACCUUCCAAUAUGCUAGUCAAUUCCCGAGGAGAGAUCAAAUUAUGCGACUUUGGCGUCUCUUGCAUGCUCAUCGACUCCAUGGCGAAUUCUUUCGUCGGGACUCGGUCAUAUAUGGCGGUAAGUUGAUGGAAUUGGUGUUUUUUGGAUAGCCGAGACCAUGGGCUAUAAGUUUAAACGAGAUUUGGGGUGGAUUGAUCGGAUAUUUAGGGGUUUUGAGACGUUUUUUCCAAGUGGUAUGACCUGGUCAUGGAUAAUGUAAAAAAAUGAGAUGGUAGAGAUUUUUUUGGGCAAAUUUCUCUUUGGUUGUUGCAAGUGGCAUCAAAAGAAGGUGUAUUUAACAUUUUGGAUACUUUGAGGCCCAUAGAACGGAAUGCCAAAAAUGGCGGGAAUUUGAAUUUUGAUUUUUUAAAACGAUUUUUUUGUGAAAAAAUGAGUAAUGUAAAGGAAGUUUAUCUUGUUUCCAGCCCGAACGACUCACCGGCACCCGCUACAGCAUCCAAUCCGACGUCUGGAGCUUCGGCCUUUCAUUAGUGGAACUUGUACUUGGCCGCUACCCAAUCCCCUCACCAAAUCGACACGAAUUUGCGAGAAUUUUUGGAGUUUCGCCCGACGAGGUGCGAUUUGACACUCCAAUCGAUGACGGUGGCGACGCCAGCGAAGGCCCGAAAACUAUGGCCAUUUUUGAGUUGUUGGAUUAUAUUGUGAAUAAGGUAAGCGAUUUUGAUGGCAAAAGAGGAGGAAAGUGAGGAUUUUUAGGUGAAUUGAAGUGCUGAAAGGGUCUGGAAGCUAAUUUUAGGUUGAAAUUGCGAUUUUCCCGGAAUUUUCCCUAAGGGCAUUUUGCAAAUUUUAUUUGAUUUUGGUGUUUUUAAGGUCUAGGAUUGACUCAGACGGGUUUCUAGGAGGUUUACAGACCAGGAGGACUUGAUUUUUAGCAAUUUGAGUUUUAUGCCCUCAGGACGUUUUUAAAAUUUUGAAGAAUUUUGGUAUUUUAAAGGUCUAGAAUUGACUCUGGUGGGUUCCUAGGAGGUUUGCAAACCAGGAUGACUUGAUUUUUAGCGAUUUGAACUUUAUGCCCUAAGGGAAAAUUCGAGAUUUUUUGAUUUCAGAACCCUCCCCAACUGCCCAGAGGCCUGUUCUCGGACAAUUUCAUCGACUUUGUGAACAAAUGCUUGGCCAAAAACGUCGCCGAACGCGCGAAUCUGACCGUUCUCAUCCAAGAACCCUUCUUCCGAGAGCAUGACACCCAGUCUGAUAACGGAGAAUUUGCGCAAUGGGUACAGGAAGUCAUUAGAAAGUAAGUGGAACACGUUUUGGAGGGAUUUUAGAGGAUUUUUUUUUGGAGUUUUUGAAUUUUACGUUUUUUCAGAAAAACCGAGCACGAAGCCGCCGCCGCCAACUAG